AUGAACUACAGCAAGCCAACCAUACAAAGCCCGCCCGGGGCAUCCUCGAACCAUCCCAACCAGAAGGACGAGUGGGAAGACUGGGACGAGGAAGGAGAGGAUACGCACGAGGAGGGAGAAGAUGGGAAUGGAUUCCUCAUUCAGAUUUCGGACGAAACAGGACAGGUACCAACCAGAUCGACCACCACCCAGAAUGGUACGCGCAAUGCUUCACGCCACUCGGUCCAAAGACCAGUUCGCCUCAAGUCUAAAGGCAGACAAAAGGCCCAGAAUGCGAAAGCCGGCAUCAAACUCGUAACAGACAUGUCGACAUUUCGACGUCCGGUCAAGUUUGUUGACCCCACUGCUCUUCAUGCUUUAGAAGGGUCGCCUUCUUCUGCCUCGAUAGGCAGUUUCUCGUGGCUGAAGCGAAAGCCAGGGAAUGCUGGCAGCUCUAGACUUGGCGAUGAACUUACGAGGGGCACGUCCGCGGACCUUUCUCCAGCGGCUCGACCAAUCGUUAUCGGAAUUGCAGUACCUUCCGACAACCUAUCGGAGCAUCAGGUCAGUCCACAAACGGCAAUUAUUGAGACUCCAAUAGACAUGCGCAAAUACCCCCAAAAAACUAUUACAACUACAACUACGGGGAAUGCUACAUAUCUCACGUCGCAACAGCAGCGCUCUGUUUGGUCUCCAGACACAGAAGCAAGCGAAUCACCCCAUCAGGCCUCUAGAGCUGCAUCGAGUGUUUAUUCGCAACCGAGCUUUUAUGGUGGCCCUGUACCGAGCACCGAUGUGCCUCCUGUGCCUGCACUACCGGCGAACUUGAAGCCUAAACCAGCACAGGGCACAUGGCUUGACGAUCCAGAUGAUGACGAUUCUAUUGGAACUCCAUGCACUCUUUUUGAGGAAGAUGGAAGCCCCUUGGCAACUCGCAAGUCAUUGAAACCUAAAGCAGUGACAGUAAGCCCUGGGAGCGCUGGUAGUCGGUCCCAUGGCUGGUGGGACCAUGUCACUACCCCGUUCAUGCAACAAACCAAUCCCUUCAAGCAGCAAACACAAGAAAACGGACACGGUCAGUCAUCACAGCAAUGGAACCCAUUUAACAAGCAGCAAGUACAGGCAGGACCUAGCGCGUCACCACCCACUCAAGAUUGGUGGGCUGGGGGUAAUGAAAAGGCCGGUUCCUCAGAAUCUCCUCUGUCCAAGCAACAGGGUAAAGAGGCCACUUCAAAUCCUUUGAAGGUAUCGGGCUUAACUAGUAACACUGUAGUCCCUGCCCCUGAACAGCAGGGCACAUCGCAGCCAGUGGGGACGUUGUCUCGUUCAGCUUCUCCAGGGAAUCGCGAGACACAAUCUGAGAAGGGUAGAGUUCUGCUCGAGGAGAACCGAAGACCGAGCGAAUCGCCACCUCCGUAUUCACCUCCCAAGAAGACUAAUCAAGUCAAGUUUGGUGUAAUAUUGCCGCCUCCAGACUUACAUAUAUACAACGCCCAACCAGUUCCAUCUCCCGGUCCAAUGAGUUCGGGACUACCGGGGACAAUGACUUCACAAGGGGCUAUCGACAUGGCGGAAAUCCCUCUUACACCAUCUAUGCAGCGCUCAGCAACAAAUGCGGUACUUCCAGAUCGUGCCCCCGGGUCAUAUGUGCCUGGUGACCAUUUCUUCGAAGUUCGAGGACAGGCCAACAGGACCGAAAAGCAAAGGCGCCGUCACGAAAAGGAAGAAAUAGCUGCAAGAAAAGCAGGUGGCUUGUGGAGAGGCCGCGGUUGUAUCUCUAACACGGGUUGUUUUGGACGUAGCGGCCGAGAAGGCAGGAAGAGGAGGCGUGUCUGCCUUGGGGUUAUAGCUGGUGUAAUCAUUGCUAUCAUUCUCGCAAUUGUAUUGGCUGUUGUCUUCACACGACAGCAUCCAGUGAACGACAGUCAGCCUUUUUCAAUUUGGCUCAACCUGACGGAUUUCCCUCCAAUGCCGACCGGAGUUGUGACAGUGGCUGGGCCGGACAAUAGCGAAGCUAGAUCUGGCUGUAUGACUUUGACAGCGGAAACAGCAUGGUCAUGUUCUCUGCCAAAGGAACAGCACGACUCAGUCGCACCUAACCCGCCCAACAAGCCCGAAUUCAUAUUCCAGAUUCAAUACGACAACAAUACCAAGGCACUUUGGCAGGUCGCAAACGAUGGAGAGGGGUCCGAUAAGUUCUUGACAGAUGCCGGGUUUACUCCCAACCCACAGCCACCUUCGAUCGCAGAGAUGCGUUUCUUAGGAAACACCACUGAUCAUAUUGAAGCUGAUGAGAAAGCCGGAGAAGCCACGCCUUUCUUCAUAAGCCUUCUGAAGUCGGUCAACGAGACCAUUGGCCCGAACAUGCUUACCCGCCGUCAAGGCGCUAAUAACGCUAUUGGUUCGGCAGACGGCGAUGGGUUUAACCUGACGAAUAUUCUUCCUCCCCCAACGUUGAAUGGUGAUGGCACCGGUGGCCCAGCCCGAUUAUUCCCGCUGCCCGUCCAGCAACCCGUCCGUUUAUUUGACCGCGGCUUGCCCACCGAGCACUAUGGUUUCUACAGCUAUUUCGACAAGACGAUCUACAUGGUCAACACCGUGAGCGUGGACGCAGCAGACGAUGACGGUGGUGCGAGAGAGAGCGAGGCCAAGUCGCUUGUUACGUUCGCGCAAACACGCUUCCUCGUGCAGAUCUGGACGCGCAAGGAAAACACGACACGACUCCUCGGCGGCUCUGCUGUCCCCUGGACCAACGGCUCCGACGCCUCCGCCUCCCCCGGUACCAUGCCUUAUCCUGUUACCAUUACCGAGGACAUGCACGGCGGCGACCAGAGUAAGAAGAUUGAUUUCACUUACGGCGUCACUCCUGCCCAGGAGAUCAACACCACCGAUGCCAAGCUCAUCAUCACAAACCGUGGUUUCGCGGGAACGCUGAUCAACGGCAUGAAUAAUAGCCCUGAUGAGUCCCUCGGCGGUAUCGAUGGCGGUACCGGUGGAUGUAGGUGUCAGUGGAUUAAUUUUCAGGGGCUGACAAAGACUGGGUCGUAA